GAGAAGCGGUGCGGAGAGAGGGGUUUGGAGGGUGGGCAGGCGUGGACCAGACCCUCAAACCUCUCCCUCCCCGCAGGGGACACCUACUUCUUCAAGGGCGUCCACUACUGGCGCUUCCCCAAGGGCAGCAUCAAAGCCGAGCCAGACUCCCCCCAACCCAUGGGUCCCAAGUUCCUGGACUGCCCCACCCCCAGUGUGGGCCCUCGGGCCCCCAGACCCCCCAGAGCGCCCCUUAAGCCCGGAGACUGCGACUGUCACUGCGGGAUCAGUAGGGCUGCAGGGCGGCCUUCGGUGCCCCUCCUGCGUCUUCUGUCCCUGCUGGUGGGGGGCCUGGCCUCCCCCUGAAGGAAACCUGCGGCUGCAUGGAAGGGAGCAGAUCGCCCACGGGACCUCCUUGCGUUGUGGCUGUGGGAAGUCUGUCCCAGGGGCGGGGCUCAGCCAGGAUGCAGCUGGGGAUGCAGGUGGAGCUAAGUCCAGGAGAGCGGAGACACAGGACCCGCCCUGGCACUGAAUGCCCUGACUGCGGCCUCCUGGGCUUUCCUUCCUCCCCUGACCCUGGCCAUGACCUCGCAGGGACUCUCCUUUUCCCGGAACACCUGGCCUUUCCUGGAGCUCAGGAGGCUGAAUUCCUACAGCCUGCCCGCCUGCCAACAGCAGCUGUCCCAAGUGCUUGGCUCUUUACAGGACAGCCCCACUCCCCCUUGCUGAGCCGGCUCUCCAGCCUCUGGUCUAAGGUUUCUCAUCCUGUCAUCCACCCAUGAAGUGCCAAUCGAAGCACAUUGGUGGGGUCCCAAACCCAGCUCUGCAACCACCCCUGAGCAUGUCCCAAGUCCAGGGUGACAUCCAUGGUUAACAUGGGUGUCACAUGAGCAUCACGUGGGUGAUUCUCCUGAGACGGCCCCUGUGGCCCAUCCUUGGUUCUGGUCAGCACGCUGGUACCAGAACCGCCCACAUUCAGUAGGACACCCUUCUGCUCCUAAAACACCUCUCCCACCUCCACACCUGAGCCUCUGCCGCCCCCUCCAGAACCCCUUGGCUCCCAUCAGUUCGAUGUUGGUGGGAAGAUAGUGGACUGGUGCCCUCUCAGUCUGGGGUCACUGCCUCCUCAGUGCUCCUGGGUGACAAGUGGAUGGAACCUGGCCACCUCAAUGACCCCCCUGCCCACUGAAUUCAGAAUCUAAAUGAAUGCCUCUGCAACUCUGUUUCUGGAAUAGUCCACACAGGAUAAUCCAGGAAGGAAGUUCCCUGGUGGUCCAGUGGUUAGAAUCUGGUGCUCUCACUGUCAUGGCCUGAGUUAAAUUUCUAGUCCCAGAACUUAAAUCCUUCAAGCCGAUCAGUGUGGUCCAAGAAAAAGAGAGAAUGAUCUAGGGAACUUGAAAAAUGCAGAUUCCAUGUCUUCACCGUGAAUCCUCACUCUGGGUCUGAGGCCAGGAAUCUGCAUUUGAAUAAACUGGGUGGUUGAUGUGGGGGUGGGCGAUCUGCAAGUGACCAGGGCCAGCAGCUGCCGUCUCCGGUCUCUGUCUUCUGACUUGUGCGUCCCCUCCAUGUUCUCCACCCAGGGGCCAACCUCUUCCUGUAUUUACAGAGCCCAUUCACAGCCUGGGUGAGAGAGGUUCACCCCCAUGGCUGGAGUCACAUACCCACCAUUUCUUAAUGUGCCACCAGCCUCAGUGGGCCCACAGUGCUGCAAGAGCUGACCCAGGGGCAUGGAGCCCAGCGUGGUCACGACCAGGCCAGAAGGAGGAUGACAGCCCGGUGUCUUCAACCAGCCAGGGAUCUGGAUGUUCAAAGGCACCAGAAGCCAUCUGGGCCUCUGUCAGGACCCUUUCUAAGUAUGGGGAGGAGGAAACUUGUCUUCAAAAAGCUUAUCAGCCCUGAAGCAGGACAAUAAAAAUAACAGGAGAGAAACCCCUUCAUUUCCUCGGAGCAGUGAUGGAGCCCCAAGGCGAAGUUUGGUGGCAAGAACAUUACAGACCUGAAUCACUGUUUUACAGAAGAGGCUGGAAUCCAGCAUUGACGGGGGACAGGGUGGCUGAGGAUGAGCUGGGGGGCAACCAAGAGUUGGUUGGAGGCGCCCAGAGAGGGAUGUCCCAUGUGACAUCUGAGGCUCCUUUCGCUGCAACAACGGACACUUGUCCAGCCUCUCACAUGUCAUGAAGUCAGGUUCACAAAAAUGCCACAUGGUAUUGAAUUAUGUUUUUUAAAGAAUGGGAAGGAAAUGAUACAAAUUUUUAAAAUAUAAACACUUAAAACUUUUGUAUUUCAAAGGGCAACACCGGAAAAGUAAAAAGACAACCCACAGAAUGGGGACAAAAAGUUGCAAAUGAUUCAUGUGGUCAGGGCAUGGAGCCGGAAAACUUUUACUACUCUUGUGUGUGGUCGUGCACGCUCAAUGCUGUCUCCGUGGCCCCAUAGACUGUAGCCCCCCAGGCUCCUCUGUCCAUGGGGUUUUCCAGGCAAGAGUAUUGGAGAGGGUUGCCAUGUCCUCCUCCCAAGGAUCUUCCCUGACUCACAGAUUGAACCUGGUUUUCAGCAUUGCAGGCAGAUUCUUUACCACUGAGCUACUGGAGAAGCCUGGGGAAAGAGUCUAGUGGUACCUCAAAAAGUUAAAAACAAACUUAGGAAUUGCCUGAUGCUGGGCCGUGGAGGAUGAUGGCUUAGGGGUGCAGGAUGGUUUCUGGAGAUGAUAAAAGUGUUCUGAAAUUGAUGGUGGUGAUGGUUGAGUAGUACUGUGCAUUAAAUUAGGCCCUUUCCUGGGUGAAUUGUAUGAUAUGUGAAUUACAUCUCACUAAAACUCUAUAAAGAAAAGGGUUCAGUCCACAGUGAGACACGAAAUGCCUUUCAGGAGGUGGCCUUCCUGAGACAGAUGUGGAGGUGCCCAGUGUCACGUCUCAGGCAGCCAGAUCACUGGAAAUAUGACCUGGAAAUGAGGCGGGCUGAAGCAAGUGAAAGCCGCUCAGCCGUGUGACUCUUUGAGACACCAUGGACUAUGCAGUCCAUGGAACUGUCCGGGCCAUGAUAGUGGACUGGGUUCCUUUCUCCAGGGGGAUCUUUGGGACCCAGGGAUCAAACCCAGGUCUCCUGCAUUGCAGGCAGAUUCCCUACCCUCUGAGCCACCAGGGAAGCCCGAAGCCAAAGUAAGAGCGGCUCUAUUGUCUCCCUCCCACCCUGGAGUUCUGAGCUGGCUCAGGGAAGGAUCUGGACUUCCUGGGUGUGGGAAGGGACUUUCAGACAACUGAACUGGCUCCUAAGGGGCAGGGGAUGCCAGCUGGAGUCUGGUGGGCCCAAGAGAGACGUUCCCUGAGGAGCAGGAUUCCUAGGUUUUUCCCCAUGGGGUGCACACGGUGGCCCAUCAGGAGGCCGGUUCCUCUUCAAGGAUAUUAGACACUUAAUCGUGUUCCCCUAAAUUCACACAGUGAAAUCCUAACCACCAGCACCUGGAGGGGGGUCUUUACAGGGAAUCAAGUGAGCAUGAGGGCCUUAGGGUGGGCCCUAAUCCAUUAUGACUGGUGACCUUAGGAAAAUGGGGAAUUAGGAGACAGAUACUUGUCUAGGGAGGGCACCAUGUAGACCUGGAGACAGCUGUUUACACGCCUAGGAGAGAAGCCUGGAACACAUGCUUCCCUCAGGGCUCUCAGAGCAACCGCUGCCUGCUGACGCCUUGAUUUCAAUUUCUAGGCUCCACUGUGGGAGUUGCUGAGACCCGGGUCUGUGGCUCUUUGUUAUGGCAGCCCUGGGUCUCUAAGACAGAUGCCAGGCCAUGGCUGUGAGGGGCUGUGGUCUCAGGGAGAGGUGGGCCAGGCUGUGAGAGUCAAGCCCUGUGGGGCUGGCCAGGGCCAUGGAGACCCCUGCCAUGGUGACUGAGGCCCGGGGGCCCGAGCAGGCCUCAGGAGACCCUGGUCAGCGGGGCCCAGACGGCCAGCAAGGCUCCCUUCUGCCCCUUCUGAGGGACACAUCCUGUGGGUGAGGCACACAGGCCCGGCCCUGCCCUGGAUGCCAAGGCCCCGGGGAGAGUCUCCACCUCAGGGUUCCUGCAGGUCCUGUGCCUUCCUGAGGGUAGGGCAGCUCCAGAAGCUUCUCUGGAUGUGGAGUGGGGUGCAGUCUGUUCAAGGGCCCUGGUCGGCUCCCCCUGAAUCUUCCUCAAACUAUCAUAACAAGUCUGGACUUUACCCCGUCCCUCCCUGUGCUCGAUCCGAUUGUGAGGGGAGGUGGCCCAAGCUGGGUUCAGAGAUCCCAACCCAGGUCAGGGAGGAAGGGCCCUGACCCCUGGACCCUGAGUGUAAGGCACACGCCCUCCCCACCCCGCCUCUCAGACCUCUGGCCCCUUGUCAUCCCUUCCUUCGGACACCUGCCCUCCCCCCUCUGUUUCUGCUUCUAUUUCUGUCUCAGUUUCUGUCUCAAACACACCCAGCUGCCCCUGCCCCCUCCCCAGCAGGGCUCCACCCUCUCUGCCCCUCCCUGGCCAGCUCUUAAGUUGCUAGGGCUCAGCGGGCAGUGGGGCAGUGCUCAGCUGAAGCUCUGGCUGCAGGAUCUCAGGUGAGGGACUCUGGGGAGCCCAACGUGGGGGUGGGGAAGACCUGCAGUCUGAGGACCCUCCAGGGUGGUGGGCAAGCCCGCUUCUCUGAAGCACUUUCCCCUCCCCUCCUUCCUCCACCAGGUCCCUUCAGGAGGACUCUAAGCCACCAUGUGCUUCGCUAAGGGAGUCCCAUAUGACCAGGCUUCUCUGAGGUCCAUAAUGCGCAAACGGGUGGAUGAUUUCUGUGAUAAGAUGGGAAGUGAACCAGAAGAAGCACAGAUGGAGACAGCCCUAGCAGAGAUGGAGGAGUCCAGUCCCUUCCUUCCGGAAGCACGGCAAGAAGUACGAUGCAGAAUCCAGAGACCUUCAGUCUCUGCCUGUCCAGAAGUCCAGAAUCCACAAGAGAGCAUCUGGGCCAGAGCUCUGCGGUGGUUCGAAGGAAUUCUGCAGAGACUCAAGCAGCGGUGUUGGGAUGCGCUCACCUGGCUGCGGGAGAAGGCAGUACCCUGGCUGAAGGAGAAGGCAGAGGCCUUCCUGGAGGCCAUCUGCAGUGCGGUGAAGGCCGUCUGCGGAAUGCUGACGGAUUUCUGCUCCUCUGUGGGGCAGCUCUUCAGAAACCUCAUCCAGGUCUAGGAGCCCCAGGUGGUUCUGUAGGAACUCCACCUCAUCCAGAAGGCCCUGCACUAUCCCCUUCCCGGAAACCAUCUUCUGAAGUGACCUAACCCUCCUGCUCAUCCUUGAGCCAUCAUUUAACUGCCCUCACCUCCUGUCCUGCAGGGACGACUCCACAGCAUCAGGCCAGGUUUCCCUUCCCCAGGUCUGACCUGUCUGUCAGGGAUGGGGAUGCUCUGCUGACCCAGGGAUGUGGGAGGGGCUUGGAAGCCCAGAGGCCCCAAGGACCAAGGUGCCCUCCGUGGGUCAGCAUCCCUCAAUGUCUCUGCCUGUCGCUCCAGACCCUGUCAGAUGGAACGCUGAGCUGAUUUUCAGUGAGGGGACCCCUGAGGAUCGGCUGUGGGUCUCUCACGAGGAGGCAGUGGUGGACCCUGACCCUGACGUUAGCAUCUUAGUACCCUCAUCAUCCUAAGGGACCCAGCUUGCUGUCAGCUGAGGCCCCAGCAGGGCAGGAGACCUGGAGGAAGGCUCUCCCUGUCUCCUGGACCUGCGCCUUCCUGUCUGAGGAGGACAGCAGCCUGUCUGGGAGUGCCUUGUGGCAGAGCCCCAUUCCGGCCACACCCUUCCCCCUUCACUUCCAGGGGGUCCCUCUGACAGGCCUGACACUGGAAGGCCUACCUCUGGCCUGAGUUCCCUGCUGCAAGGAGCCACCCCACUGCCAGGCCCUGAGCAGCCUUGGCUUCCUGGCCCCGUCCCUGCCUCACCUCCCAUCAGUAUGCACAUCUCUCAGACUUUCCCUUGCGUUCUCCGGUGCCCAUGUGCUAAACCUGCACUUGACUAUUUCCUUUUUUCCUUUUUACAUAAUGACUUACAUCUGAUUUACUACUUCUCCCGGUGGUGAGGUUACUCCAUUGAUAUAAGUAGUAAGGUAUUUUUUGUUUAACGUUUAAUUUCUUCCCCAUUUCAAUUUCAAUAUGAGUUUGCUUUUUGUGGUUGUUGUUGUUUUUAGAUUAAAUCUUUUCUCCAUUUCAAUGUAAGGUACAUGAAAUACAUUUUCUAAACAUUUCCCCUCCCAAAGAAAUGUUUCAGUUUUUGACCAAUGAUAUUUGAUUUGUGCAUGUACAAUAUAAACUCGGGAGGUAACAGAACAAAAUCCAAUAAAAAUAUGGAGGAAAGAGUCCUCCAUGGUG